AUGGACUUCAACGAAUUGAUGAAUUUGGCCACCCAAAAUGAAAAAGGGUCGGAUAAAAAGAAAGGGUAUGCAUUUAACAUAUCAGCUCCGAAAAAAGAAAAUAAGCAAAAACCAAAAUCUGAUGUGGUUCAAAAGUUAAUAGCAGAAAAAGAAAGAGAGAAAAGGAAAGUGCUGGAAAAAAGAGAACUGAAAAGAAUUGAAGAUGAAAAAAAGAAAAUCUUCAGAAUUCCAAAAGCUGGUUCUCCAUCGACUGCGGAAGGUGCAGGAAAGCAAAAACAUCAUAACAAGACUAAACCACAAUCAGGAAGCAGUUCUUCCACAGACUCAAAACCAAAGAUGCCAGAAAAGCCCAAACUGAAACUCGAAGAAGCUGUCUUUCAGGAUCUCCAAUCUAGGAAUGAAUUUUAUAAUCAGAAAGAUCGUGCUAGGAUUAACUUUGAUGGAUCUUUUGCUGUUGUAAGAAUAGCCCAUAAGCAAAAGGAAGGAGUACCACUUCCAAAACGUCCUGUUGUCACUCCUGUUAAAGAAACCCCCAAAUUUAAUGUGGCUUUAGUCAAAAAGUCAGAUGUAGUGGACAGUGACAAUUCCAAUAUGAAUUCACAUAGAGCAUCAAAACCUAAAGAGGAUGUCUCAGAAAGUGUAAAAAAACUGAAAGAAAAAUAUGGCGUUGAUCCAGAUGGAGUAAAAAAAUCUACUACACGCAGAGACAAUAAGCUAAAAGAAAUUGCAAAAUAUCAAGAAAAAGUGAAAAUGAGAGAAAAGCUUAAAAUGAAUGCUAAGAAAGAUCCAAAACCAUUCCAGCCAAAGCCCAAAAUAAUUAAAAGAGCCAACAACAGUGCCCCACCUCCUAUGAACUUUGCCGAUUUAUUAAAAUUGGCUGAAAAUAAGGCUAAAGAACCGGUCAUGGUUGAUCCAAUAGUCAAAAAGCCCAAAAAAAAGGUUGCAGAAGAAAGACCUAUGACUCGUGAAGAAAGAGAAUGGGCUGAGAAGAAACAGGAUUGGGAUGAUCGUAAGAAAUCCAAAGAGUACCAAGAACGGUUAGGAAAAGAUCUACCUCCUAUUAGACCUUCGAAAUCAUCUGAUAACUCACAUAAAUCUGGACCAAAAGACUCACCAAUCUCUAAUAGGAAUAAUAAUAAUAGUGUUAAAAACAAAGACUUGAAUUCUAGUUAUAAUAAGCCUAGUCACAAUACGCCUUAUAAAGAGCACUCAGAUCGCAGGCCAUCUUCAACCUGUUCUCCAGCAUUUAACGGCAACCGACCCACUAAAACUAAUCCAGGUUCAAAUAAAUCUUCCUCAUCUAAAGAUCAGAGGGGGUUUGAACAACAACAUAAAAGAGAUCACAGAGGGUACGAACAGAAUCGUAACAGAGAAAAGGACCACAGGAGAUAUGAACAGGAUCGUAACAGAGGAAGGGAACAGAGGGGACAAGAACAGGAUCAUAGCAGAGGAAGAGAUCAGAGGGGAUAUGAACAGGAUCGUAACAGGCAAAGGGAUCAAAGAGGAUAUGAACAGGAUCGUAACAGACAAAGGGAUCAAAGAGAAUAUGAACAGGAUAGCAACAGAGAAAGGGACCGGAGGGUAUAUGAACAGGAUCGUAAUAGAGAAAGAGCUCCACCUAGCUCUGCACCUAAUAAAAUUAAUCGCACACCUCAACCUUUGAAACGCAAAUCCGAUCAACCAAGUGAAAAUUUACGUGACAAUGGUCCAUCACAACCUAAAAAGAAAGCAUUACCUCCACCAGAAGAACCAACCAAUCCCUGGGACAGAAUUUAUGGCAGUAUACAGAAAAAUAGACCGAAAAAACCUGUGAUGAAAAAGAAAAUGGUGAUAGAUUCUGAAGAUGAAUAUGAUAGUGAAUUAGAUGAUUUUAUUGAUGAUGGUGAAGAUGAAACAGCUGAUUAUUCUAGUGCUAUUAGACAAAUAUUUGGCUAUGAUAAACGAAGAUUCCGAGAUGAAGAUGAUGAUAUUGAUAAUAUGGAGAGUAAUUUUGCAUCUUGUAUGAAAGAAGAAGCCAGAAGUGCUAGACUUGGUUUAAAAGAAGAUUUAGAAGAUAUAAGAAGAGAACAGGAAGAAGAAAGAUUAAAAGCCUUAAGAAAAAAGAAAAUGAAGAAUAGAUGA